CACGCGAAACAAUCACAAUUCACUCUUGAGCCGCCUGCCCCACAGCUUUAUUGAUCGCGCAUUAGCUUGGAUCGUCAUGCUCACCAAUAAACGCGUCCAAAAACGUUCGUCGACGCGCCUGAAACGCGUCAUUCACCAGAGCUUUGGAUAGCAGGGCUGAUUGCCGCCGAUAUGCCGCGAAAACUCCCAUGGUUGAAGGACAACGCGAGCGAGAAAGAUGCGCCGCAGGAAGCCACGAAGACGAAAGCGAGGCCACGUACAGCUUCACCAAACGAGCUCGUAGGGCCUGACCUGGAAGAUCUUCAAGAUGAGCCAGCACGACCAGCACGACCGGAGAAGCAAAAGCAGAUCGUGCGCGAGCCCUCAUCUUCACCCCCACCGGCGCCGAAAGGCCCUCCACCAGUCGAGUACAUGAAACCAGGGUACGAUGCAGACGACAUCUGGAUGAUGGUCGAAGACGAAUUCUACUCUACAGCGCAAUUGUACACAGAGCACCUUCACCAGGCCGAGUAUGCGCGACUUAAGAAGUUGCGCAGAUCGCGUGGGCAGGAAACGCUGGCAACACUGGCGAGGGCGACAGAUGGCAGGACUCCUCAAAGUACGGAGCUGCAAGUGAAACGCCAGCAAGAAGAGAAUCAGAGAAAGCGAAGGCAGGCUGUGAUGGCAGACAGUGACAGUGAAGACGAGGAUGAAUUCAUGAAGGUGCCGCAGCUUGCGAAUCUCAUGACAGGCUCGCAAGGCGGGACUGGUCCCGCGCAGACCAGAUCCACAGAUUCGAGGUCAAGGAGGGCGUUAGCGGAAGAUGGAGACGAAAGCUCGGAUCCGCUGCCGAAGGCAGUGUUGUCCCCUCUCCGUGAGAUGGAGGACGAAGACGAGGAGACCGAAAGUGACGACCUCGAUGCACCGUUGCGCAAGAAGAAGGUGCCGACUCAGAGCACCAUACAGCGUUCUGCAGCUUCAAGCAGUGGGGUCUCGACGUCCUCGCUACCAGCACCUCCUCCCAAAGCAGCACCUUCCAGAGUGUUCAAGCAGUUUGGGAGAGCCAGGCGUGAAGAGCAGGACUACGUGAAGGAGGAGUCGGAACCUCCCUCACUACCUUCUUCGCCGCCUCCGAGACUACCAGCCCCUCUACGAAAGCAGCGCGAUGAGAACAAUGUUGCUGGGGAUGCUUCUCGCUCAAAUGGCCGACAAGCACAAUCCAGAUUUUCCUCGAUCAAACAGGAACCACCGACGUCGCCCAUCAAUGAUGACUUCGGCACGGCGUCUGUGAAGAUCAAGGAGGAACCCGGGUCACGUCCCUUGACUUCACUAGCCAAGCGCCGUGCGCAGAAAGCAAAAGAGGAGGCCGAAGCUAAGCGCAAGGAACUGGAAGCGAGCAUUCCAACCUUUUUGUUCUGA